CCAUCUACAUGUAUUACUAUAGUAUAUUAUCCCUGAUUUUGGUUCUGAUCAGCUGCGCAUUGGCCCUGCCAGCUGAUCGAAUCGAAACGGAUCCGGAAUUGACAGCCGGAUUUGUCGAAGGUGAUAUGGUGCCCAGUGGAUCCCAAAGGAAUAUUUGGCGAAACGAGACUUAUCGGUGGCCCAAUCGGAUUGUCUACUAUCACAUCAAUAGCUAUAUAGAUACCGAGCAUCGUAAUCAAAUUGUAAAGGCUAUCCAUAAGAUCGAGUCCGUUUCUUGUUUGACUUUUAAGGAGGCAACCACCGAUCAGGAAUAUUAUGUGAAUGUAACUUCUGAGGAGGGAGGUUGCUUCUCCUAUAUUGGCUAUCUGAAUCGCGUUCAGCAAUUGAAUUUGCAAAAUUAUGAAAUCGAAGUCGGUUGUUUCCGGCUCUACACAAUUGUCCAUGAGUUCCUCCAUGCCUUGGGAUUUUUUCAUCAGCAGAGUGCCUCGGAUCGAGAUGAUUAUGUGGAAAUUGUGGAGGAGAAUAUUACCGAGGGCAUGGAGUUUAAUUUUGAUAAAUAUACCGAGGCAACGGUCAAUGAUUUUGGUGAGAAGUACGAUUACGACAGCGUUAUGCAUUACGGUCCCUAUGCCUUCUCCAAGAAUGGGGAAAGAACCAUUAUAGCUCUGGAGGAGGGCAAAGAAGAUGCCAUAGGACAGAGACUUCAACUGAGUGAAACGGACAUCAGGAAACUUAAUGCGAUGUACAAUUGUCCCACCGUUUAGGAUAUACUCUUUCUCCUUUCGCAAUUUAAUGAUGAUAAAUUUCGCUUUCAUAUUGCCACCUCAGGCCCGCGAAAUAUAUAAUCUGUUUAUUGUGUUGACAAAUACAAUUAGUUGAAAAUGUU